CCAGACGGGAAGGGUGGAACUAAAAACAUAAAGGAUUUAAAGAUUUGGAAGCCGGGAGCUUGGACGGAGCAGGACUGGGAACCCGUAGCCAAGAGUGUGGUGUUGAGAACACGGAUUCUAGAGUUCGUUUCCCUGCAACACUGUUCCCUUCUUCCGUGACUCAGUUUCCUCUUCGGUAAAUCGGAGAUGAGGACGUAAAAUAGUGGGUAGCACAUGGGGAGGGCUCGUUUGCUACUAUUACCAUUUCUUCCUGACCCAGAUCCCAAACCCCGCUUUGAAGGUGCGAGAGAGAGGAUACCCAGAAGUCCAUUCCUUUCUAGAAACUCGACCUGAGUGCAGGUCAGGAUAUAAGGAGAUUUAGGUGGUUUAAAGUCUCACAGUGGAGGGGAUUAAUGCGGGGGGGUGGGGCGGGCAGGUGCAGAGGGCGGAGCCUUCCUGAUCCCAGGGCCAAAGGAUGGCAGCCUUCGCCCGCCUGCUGGAGCGUCUCUUCUGGCCAGCUCGCAAAGAAGAGGAGGCAGAGGAGGAGGAAGGGGAGGGGCGCAGGACUCCCCACGGGCCUCAGUUCCUCCUGGACGCGCCGCGAUGCGCCCAGCGGCCGCACGGGGGUGCGGCGGCGUCCUGGGGCCUGCGCUUCGGGGCGAGCGCAGCGCAGGGCUGGCGCGCGCACAUGGAGGACGCGCACUGCGCUUGGCUUGCGUUACCGGGACUGCCCCCGGGCUGGGCUUUCUUCGCCGUCCUCGAUGGCCACGGCGGGUCGCGAGCUGCCCUCUUCGGCGCGCGCCACCUGCCGGGCCACGUGUUGGAGGCGCUGGGACCCGCGCCGGGCGAGCCGGAGGGCGUGUGCGAGGCGCUGCGCCGCGCCUUCCUGAGCGCAGACGCACGCCUGCGCGCUCUCUGGCCCCGCGGCGAGCCGGGCGGCUCCACCGCCGUGGCUUUGCUCGUCUCCCCGCGCUUUCUGUACCUGGCACACUGCGGUGACUCCCGCGCGGUGCUGAGUCGCGCUGGCGCCGUGGCCUUCAGCACCGAGGACCAUAGGCCCCUCCGACCGCGGGAACGCGAGCGCAUCCACGACGCGGGCGGCACCAUCCGCCGCCGGCGCCUCGAGGGCUCUCUGGCUGUGUCCCGGGCACUGGGCGACUUUGCCUACAAAGAGGCUCCGGGAAGGCCCCCUGAGCUGCAGCUCGUUUCCGCGGAGCCUGAAGUGACCGCCCUGGCACGCCAGGCCGAGGACGAGUUCAUGCUCCUGGCCUCUGACGGCGUGUGGGACGCGAUGUCUGGCGCUGCCUUGGCGGAACUGGUGGCAUCGCGCCUCUGCUUGGGCCUGGCCCCAGAGCUUCUGUGCGCACAGCUGUUGGACACGUGUCUGUGCAAGGGCAGCCUGGACAACAUGACCUGCAUCCUGGUCUGCUUCCCGGGCGCCCCCAGGCCUCAUGAGGAGGCGAUCAGGAAGGAGCAAGAGCUGGACGCAGUCCUGGGCCGCAGGGUCGCCGAGCUGUGUUCCUCUGCCCAGGAGCCCCCCAGCCUGAACACGGUUUUCAGGACUCUGGCCUCAGAGGACAUCCACGAUUUACCUCCCGGGGGGGGUGUCUACUGCAAGGCCUCGCUCUGCUUUCCAGGGCCGCUGUCAUCGCUGAAGCCUAUUCUCAGCUCUGCCAGGCCUCAGGAGAGCGCCGGGAGAAGGGGCAGAACAGGGCUGGGCAGCCCACUGGCACGCAUUCAAGCUCUGCUCUGGACUUGAAGACAUGACAGCUUUGGGGACCCUUUGCCCAGUUGGGGUCUCAACGGAACUAAGGAACAAAACUGCCUUUUUCCAGCUAUGCAGACUAGCGGAAGGAAGAUAAGCCGAUGGAGGAACCCCACAAAGCUUAUUUCCCCAUCUCCUACUUCCCUCUCACAGAAAGUCUUAUGAGAGGGGAAAUUCCACUCAUCAUCUAGACUUAAAAAUAAAAUCCCAAACCCAAUGUUUCUGAAAUAUUUAGAGCUGAACGGACCCUGAGAGAUCACCUAGUUCAAGAACCUUCUCUGCCCCUUCCCAUUUUUCAUGUUUUCAGGUGAGGUAGGAAAGAGUCUUAAUUGUUAAAUUUUAAUUACAUAAUUCAAAAUACAUUUUUCUGCUUGGGAAAAAAACACCA